UAACUCUUUUAUUAAAAUUUAACUGUUCGAUAUAACGUGCUGCUCACGGGUAAGUUGUUUAACUAGACUCAUUUGACGCAAUGUUUGUUUGCCUAAUUGCCGAAUAUACUUAACUUGCUCUCGUCGGCCGAGCCACUGAUUGUUAUCGUCGUACAAAUGAGGUAGUAUGGUAAGAUAACUGGUAGAGGUAAAGUCGAGAGAUAAGUGCAUAGCGUGCAUAGUAAUUGCAUCGCUCAUUGUCAGUGUUUGUGCAGUUUUCAGUCCGAGGAGAAGAAACAAGAGUCGAAAAGCAAGUAUUUAACAAAAACGCUGUACUCUCUAAUAUCUGUUUCCCGAAGAGAAGACGCGUAAAAAUGGCCGGGCUACGGUUUGUCGGCAUCAUGCUCACAUUAUUUGUCUGCAUACUUCCCGGUUUAGCUGUAAAAGAAUUAAAAUUAGUGCACGUUCUGUUCGCGCAUAAGUUGUACGCGCCGUGGGAUGACGAUGCAAAAAUCAACGUGACCAGUAUCCCGAAAACUUUAUCAUACGAAAACUUUAUUUCCGCCACGACGAAUAUACCAGUGAGUGCAGAGCUCAACAUAUACAAACUCGGGGUGUAUUUGCGGGAGAUCUACAACGAUUUUUUGGGCAACACAUAUACGCCCGAAAUUAUGAAGGCACGUACAACGGAACAUUCCUUGUCGAUUUUAUCGGCCCAGCUCGUUAAUGCCGGUUUGUGGCCGCCUGCAGAAAAUCAAAUAUGGAUUGAGAAUCUCAAGUGGCAACCGAUACCAACUGAUUACCUGGAAUUGGAAGAGGACACAUUGAUGCUGGGUUCUCUAUGUCCGAAUUUUAUUUCACAGAUGAACCAGAUAUUGCAAACAACCGAAACCCAAAGGAUGCUAGCUCAGUAUCAACCUUUGUUCAAUUAUCUUACUAAACACACUGAAAGAAAUAUCAGUACUCCAUCGGAUGUGGCUCUCUUGUACGCUACUUUAGAAACGUUGGCAGAGCGAAAUGAUAUGUUACCCAAUUGGGCGAAGGACGUGUUCCCCGAUGGUUCAAUGCGCAACGUCACCUUGUUGGAAUAUGAUCUUCUUUCGGCGACUCAUCUGCAGAGACAGUUGAACGGUGGAAUCUUUUUAGGAGAGAUUAUCGGUAACUCGUUAAAAUAUAUAGUAGGCGAUAUAUCAAGGAAUCGAAAAAUGAUGGUGUAUAGCGGUGACGCGAGAAACAUCGUCGGGGUUCUGAAAAAUCUUGAUCUCUGGUCGCCUCACAUUCCCAAUGAAGCGUCUGCGUUGAUAUUCGAAUUAUACUUCGAUAACGAUACGGGUAUUCACGGGAUGAAGAUUAAUUAUUACAUGGAUAUCGACGACACGAUGAUCACUCUGACACUACCAAACUGCACAGAUAUAUGUCCACUACAGACUUUAAUAAAUGCCACUAUCAAUCUAAUACCUCAGGACUCGCGAUCUUUAUGUGGCUGGUCUACCGAAAACUUAACGGCAGAGAAAAAAAAGGAGGAAUUUAACUCAUCGAAUUACAAUGGAUUCAUUUCGUAUCAAAGCAAGAUUUUAAUAUUUAUUUUAAUAUUAUUUUAUGUAGCUUUUAAUGUUUAAAGCACGCAUAUACGUAGAAUUUUAAAUGUUAAUUUUAGUGGGAUAACAUCAACAUUUUCUCUUUUAUUUUUAUAAGACUUUUAUAUGUAUAAAACAUGAAGACAAAAAAAUAUAAUGUAGGUAGAUAACUAAAUGUAUGUAGGUAACUCUAAUUAAUAUUGUACGCUUUGAUCUUUGAACUUUUAAAAAUGUUAUAUG